AUGAUUGGCCGAAAAUUUGGGCAAAAGUAAGUUUUGGGGGAAUUUUUAAUCAGUUCAGUUCUCUUCGCAACAUUUUUUGUUGGUUUGGCUGUGCAUUUUUGAUUUAGUAUUUGUUUUACUUCUACUUUUUUCUUUUUCCUUGAAUGCGUUUUCGUUGAAACAAAAUUUUUCAGAAUGACGAAGAGUAAAGGUUGUAUGUACAUAAGGUUUUUUUUGAGUAGGCGGUUGAAGUUAGGCUAAUUUUGAGAGGUGACAGGGAUUUUUAGGUUCGUAGGUUUGUUAGGAGCAAAUUGGCUGUUAAUUGGGAAAAGUUCAAAGGAUGCAUUUUUGAUUUUUUUUUGAGAAAACAUUUUUUUUGGGAUUUUGAAUUUUUGAGAAAUCAUUAAUCGAACAUCUGAAAAUGUGAUUCGGAAUAUUUUUUAUAAUAUCUAUUAAACUGAUCUGAAUUAAUAUUCUCAAAAUUAUUUCACAUGAUAAAACUUUAAAGCACUCUACCAAAAUUUUCUUUGAAAUUUUCAAUUUCGAGUUUGGUUUCUGAACAUUUUUUUUCUUUUUUCUCCAAAGAAAAAUUCUGAUCAUUAUUAAAUUUUUUUGGAGCGCAAGUUUCAUCUUUUUCUCAUGACCAAGUUGUCUAGGCAUAUUUUUUUGGAACUUUUCUGAAUUGAAAAAUACUGGCAUUGCAAAUCAAAUUUUUUUCUGCUAAUUUCAGGUUAGCUGUAUAGAUUUUCAUAUAUAAAUUAUGAAUUUCAAAAUUUCAUAAUUUCUAUUUUUCGAUUUCUCUCAUAAAUAAUCCUGAAAAAUAUAGUUUGACGAAAUAAAAAAAUAUUAAACAAAUCCCCUAAAACUUUGAAAAAAUCUGAUUAUCUUUGAUAGCGUGAUAUAUUCAACAAAAAAUUUUGAUCGAGUUAUUUCAACGGAAAACAAGAUUUUUGAUCGUUCUGAUUGUUAAUUGCGAGUUCACAAGAAAAACAUGUAGCUAACUAACUCAUAGCUAAUUUUAAGUCUGGAAAAGUGUACUCUUUUUUUGAAGGAAAAUGUAGAGACCACAAGUAGGGAUCUUGGGGGUUUUCCCAAUUCCAAAAUUUUUUGAACAUCAAAAAUCAGGUGUGUUUUGAACCAAACUGAAAAACUAUACAAUUCACUCAACUUCAAUCUAGAAAAAAGGUAUAAAAUCCCAUAAAAUUUCAUUUCAUCAUAAAUUUUAUUUUUUUUCUCUUCAGCCAAAUAGUGUACUUCGAAGUUAUGAGAUCAUUUUGUUCACUCAUAUUCGCUCCCCCCAAAAAAAUCAAAAAUCUUUUUUUAUUUUUGCGUGAUGUGAGAAAAAUCCAGAAUUUUUUGCACUUGUUUUUUUGGUUACGAAUUGAUUAGAUUUUGUAGCGAAGAAGGGAAUUGUAGACUACAGUAGGAAAUUAUAAAAAUAAUAUUAUCAUAGGUAUUUUAUGAAAGUUUAUUUCAAGAACAUUAUUUUUUGUAAAUUUAGCAAUUCAUUUUCUGGGUGGAUUUCUGAGAUGCGCUAACUCUCUUCACAAAACCACCCAGUUAUUUUCCAGCCAUAAUCAAAAAAUUGAAAAUAAACCCCGGGUGGUCUAUGAGAAUUAUUUCCGUGUAGUCUGUCUGGAUUAGACUUUGUUGUUCGGUUGGUAUUUUCUCAGUUUUUCCUUGUUGACUACAAACAACUUCCGGAUUUUCAGGUGACCUUCAAAAAUGUCUGAUGUAAGAAAAAAAAUGUGUGUGGAUAAGUGAGUAGCAUAGACCAACGGAAGUAUUUCCUGAUGGAAUUAGGAAGAUUAGCAAAUAAUAUAUCUAUACAUAUAUACAUAAUUUUAAGCUUUGCCAGAUUUUUUCUCGUGUUGUUUCAAAGUGAAAAUUGAAUUUAUCGUGUGUAUUCGAUGAAAAAAGAAACUUUGCUUUUUCAAUCUCAUUUCUCUCAAUUUGACAGAAAUAAAAUUUCAAUUCAAAAUUACCCUAUUCAAAAAACACCCACGUAUAAAAAAGACGUUGAAGUUCAUCACCAAUUUUUUUCCGACUAAUAUAAUUUUGCUUCUGGCCUUGUUUACGACCCCCACAUCAGAAAUUAUUUUUUUUUAUUUUCAUUUUUUUUAUUUCAAUUCAAAUAUGUGUAUUUUUAGUCAUUAUUUUUUAUUUAUUUCUAGGAGGAACGAACCAAACAAUCUUUAAUCACAAUCUCAAAUAAAACCUCAACAACCAAUUUUUUUCUCUAUUUUAUUUAGUUUUUCUUCCUCACUCCAAAACACACAAAUUGGCCUAAUUUUACUUUUUGAAGAAUGUUUUGCUUUGUUUCAUGAGAGGCAUUUUCAGCACAAAAUUUCGAUUUUGAAAAAGCUUCCAGACAUUUUAAAGCUCUAGACUUUCUGAAAAAAAAUCCUCAAAACUUUCCGAUAUAAAAAUUAUAAAAUUUCCAGCAAUUUUAGAAUUUUCAGCGCAAAAUUUUGAUUUUGAAAAAGCUCCCAGACAUUUUGAAGCCCUAGUCUUUUCAAAAUUCUGAAUGUAAGCCACUAAAAAUAUUUCUGGGGUGAAAAUUGGCUCUGAAAAUGAUGAAAUCAUAAAAUUUCCAGCAUUUUCAGCGCAAAAUUUCGAUCUAGAUAAUGUUUUAAAUUUGGAGUUUUUCUGGAAAAAAACCUUCCGAACCUCUAAAAACUUUUCCGGGCUGAAUUUUUUUGCUGAAAAUAAUAGAUUCAUCAGUUUUUGUUAAUUUUCAGCAAUUUCAGCGCAAAAUUUCGAUUCGAAAAAAGCUUCCAGACAUUUUAAAGCCCCAGACUUUCUGACAUUGAGUGUAAGCAUCUAAAAAUAUUUCUGGGCUGAAUUUUUUUCUGAAAAUAAUAGAUUCAUCAGUUUUUGUUAAUUUUCAGCAAUUUUAGCAUAAAAUUUCGAUUUAGAUAAUGUUUUAAAUUCGGAGUUUUUCUGGAAAAAAUCUUCUGAACCUUUAGAAAUUUUUUGGGCUGAAUUUUUUCCAGCAUCUUCAGCUUUUUCAGCGCAAAAAGUUCCCCUUAACAAUUUUUCUCGCAAUAAUUUUUCUCUGUUUUUUUGAACUUCUUUCUUCAUACAAUUCCUUUUCAAAUUCUUUGAAUGAAAAUCAGAAACUCAUUUUUCUUCUGUUGAAAUUCAAGCAUCCCUAAUUACACCUAUUUUACUUUUGUGCAGCAAAUAAACAAAAUGAUUAGAUAUUCAAAAUGUCAUAAACUUGUCAAAAAAUGUCACUCAAAAGCAUUUUUCUUCCUGAACAUGCAAAAUAAAUUGAGCACAAGAUAGAUAAAAAACAACUUUGGCUCCCAAAGGAGUUCCAAGGCCACCCAAGUUGAAAAUUCAUCUAUCUUCUGUUUUUUGAAUAUCACAUAUUUGUAAAAAUGAAAAUGAAAAUGAAAAUAAAAAUAAAUUUGCUUCACUUGGCUGAACAUUCUUGGAAUUUCCAUCUUUUCGCCAAUAAAAACAAAAGUUAGGAGUUCAUAAAACAUGGAACCUUUUGUGAUUAACCUGAGCACAAACAAUUGGCGGACCUUUUUUGCCUAGCACUUUACUUUUUCCCCCUUUUUUUGACUGGAUAUUUGUGUUGUUUUAAUUCUUCUUUAAUGAUGUGUGAGUCGAGCGGAGAGCAGUAUUUUUUUCAUUUUUUUUCUUUUUUUUUGCAUUUACAUUUAGUUAGUUGCUAUUUUUUGCUCUAUUUUUUUUGAACAAAAAACCAAACCUCUUGAUUUUGUUUUGCAUUUCUGAUCAACUCAAGUUUCCCGUUUCCCGUUUCCUGUUUCCAAAUCUGAAAAUGAAAAUGAAAAUGUCAGUUUUUUUUCAAGAAAUGAGCAAAAAAUUUUUUUGAGUUUUGAUUUCAGUAAUUCAUAAAUAAUUGCAGGUUUGCUUGACAUUAGCUAACUUUUUUUUCUUGAAAACACUUGAUAAAUAUAUUUACGCUGGCUUGUAUACGUUAUCCGAAAUAACUAAAAGCGUGGGUUUGAAAACAAAAAAAAUGUUUUGUAUUUUUCGAAAAAAAUAUCUUGUGAUAUGGUUUUGAUAUAAAAACUUGGCUGGAAAUUUUCUAUCAUUUCAAAUAUUUUUUAUUUAUUCUUUUUCACAGUAAUUUUUGCAAGAACCCAGAAAACAUCAUAUUCCAGCGACUUUUCAAAAACCUUUUUCGCAAAUUGAAAAAAAAACACGUUCCAAGAAAACUCUCGGCUCUUUAAUAAAAUCAAAGUAUCAAGCAACGUAAAUGUAUUCUAAAAAUAAAAAAAAAGAUCCGGAUCAUUUUCAAAAAUAAAUUUCCCCGCAAACCGCUAAAAUGCUUAUUUUUCUCACAUUCUUUAGUGUUUGUGAAUCACCCCAAACUUACUUUUUUUUCAAGUUUUUUCUUGGUGAACUUAGCUUAACUUAUGUUAGAAAAAACAUCUAGUAUUUAAUUGCCCGUUACUCAUUUAUUUGACAUCACUUUUCUCUAUUUUUUUUGUUGAAAAAAGAAAAAUAUAUAUUUUCAAAAAAAAAUUGUACCCAGCUCUCCUUCUUCAUAUUUUUCUUUCUUAUUUUUUUUCCAUCAGAUUGAUAACAGCUUUUUGAAAAAAGACGCGAUGCUGUAGAAAUCAGCUCGCGUCGAAGAAAUUCUCAAAUUCUCAAAUUUCAGAAUUAUCUUUAAUCCCUAACAAAAAAAAUCUGACGCACUUUCGAGUACUCGAAAAAAAUGAAAGAAAAAAAUUAUGUCAUAAUAACAAUGAUAAUUCAAUCGGUGCAAAAACGAAAGCAGAUUAAUUCCUUGAUUUCAUUUCCUACCAUUUCCCCGUUUUCCUUUUCGAUUUCAUGUCAGUCUAAUCUUUUUUUUCCUUCUCGCCCACAUUUUCUUCAAAGUUUCGCUUGUUUUUUUAUUUUUAUGAAAUAAUUUUUUUCCUGGCUUCACUUCAAAAUUCCAGAAAAAAAUGCCGUCACUUUAUUAACUAAAAAUAAAAUACACAUGUAUGUACAUAUUAGGGGGAGGGAGGGGGAAGACAUUUUAAUCCGAGAAUCCUAAAUUUUUUUGGAGAUAAAUUAUGUAUAUCUUUGAGACUUCAUGUACAUUAUGGCUCAUUUUCAAGUCUUCUAUUUUUGAAUUAACAUUUUUGUUUGAAAACAUAUGUAUUCUUAGAUUUCUUAAGAAUUUUUGAGCACAUCAAAGAUUAGCUUAAAGAAAAAGUAUUGAUUUGUAUUGUUCCAUUUUUGUCGUGGGAAUCUAUAGAUCAAAAAAUUUUGAUCUCAAGAUUUUGCAGAUCGAAAUUAUCUCAAAGUUCAGUUUUUUUUGGUGUUUGAUAAAUCAAUUUCAAAAAAAAACAGGGCUUCUUCAAAUUGUUUAUCAGAGUUCAUUUGAAUCUUUUCGAGAAUUUACAUAAUGAUUUCUGAUUUUUGCCGCUGAAAAUUGCAAAAUUCAAAUAAUUUUUGUAUUAGUUUUUCUUCAAUUCUAUUUCUGUGAUCAUACUUUCAAAAUUAACUUGAAGUUUUUUUUGUUAAUUCAGUGUUGCUGCUCAGAAUUUUAAUUCCUUUUCGAAAAUGUAGCUAAUUUUCUAGUUUAAGUUCCAAAACCUUUCUUGAUUUUUGCACAAUGAUCUUUUUUUCAUAUUUUAUUUUCAAACUGCUUCAGGCAAAAUUAUAUGCAAUUCAUAUAUGACUCACAAAGAUUUCAAAAAUACGUCAAAACUUUUGGAAAUUUUAAGGCUUCUUUAAAAUUUCCCACUCAAUCUCAGCCGUACGAAUUUUUUUAUAAACUUUUUUUGAAAAAAAAAAGAAAGAAAAUUCUUUUAAAUUUCAAAAAUCAUUUUCAUCUUUGGUCGUUUGAUCCUUUAAAAAUUGGGCUAAUCAAAAUUGUUGUCCCGAUCAACAAAAAAAUGGUCAUUUUGCCCCGGAAAACAUUUUCUAUUACUAUGUGUCAUCCUAGUACGUAAUAGAAAAAACUGAAGAUCAUCCAGUGUCUAAUAAGCCCACCUAAAAUUUUCUUUCCUGACAAAAAACCGAAAAGAAAAAAAGAAACACAUUGAAAUUAGUCUCAUCUUUUUCAUGGUGCAAAUGGAUUGUUCAUUCAUUCCAUCGAGAAAAAAAUUCCUCCUUCGGAUUACUGUAGAUUACUCAACUCAAAAAACAUUCAUUCUCUUCUUCUUCUUCCUACAUUAGUCAUAGAAUAAAACAAAGAGAAAAAAAAGAAUUUUUUGAGUUUUUUGUGGUACCCCCCAUAAAAUCUUGAUGAAAUGCGAUAUUUUUGGCGAGCCCCGAAAAAAACGCGCGCGCAUCCAUUCUUUUCUUUGUUCGUUCGUUCAAAUUUCUAAUAAAUAUUCACAAAAAAAGCUCAAAGAUUCGCAGAAAAAAAACUAACUAAAAAUUCAUUCGGUUUGGUUUUGGUUGGAAAAACACUUUCGAAAUUUAUGCUUUUUUUGUGUCAGAUUUUUUAAUAUUGUUUGUUUUAGUGUUUCUUCAGGAGGACUUAUGCUAAAUCCUCAUUCUGAAUCGGACCUGGCAGGCCACCAAAAAGGAAUUGGACCAGGCCCGAUUGAACCUUUUUUUUUGAAAAUUGUAAUUGUCUAAUCGCGCCCGAACUCUUUAAAAAAUUGGGCCUGGCCUAUUUUUUUCCAAAAUUGUCGCAAAAACUGACAUUGAGCAAUAUAUAAAAAAAUGCACAAUUAUUUUCACAUUUCAACGAACACUUCAAUUUUUGAAAAACGAAAAGAUGAGAACAAAACAACACAAUCCCAUGAGAUUUUGAGAUUGACUGAGGUAGAAAAAGAAGAGAAGACCACUGAAAUUGCAUUUAUUUUACGUUCUCAAUUGCCCUCGACUUGCUUUUCAUUGUUUCUUCUUGUCUUACUUUUUUCUAAUUAGUGAUUUUUGGAGUCUUAGGAGAUUUAGACCUUUUUCCAGUUGCAUGUAAUUUGAGCAUUCAUUCUUUGAAACCUGGUAGAUAUUACUCAUAGAUAGUUAUUUUUGAAAAAAAAUUCUUUGGACUAUCUCAAAGUUCUAAAAAUAAAUAUAUGAAACAUUGGAAAUGUGCAUAUUGAAUUAGACAUGUUGGUUACUGUGUUAUGCGCGAUCAAAGUUGGUUUUUUGAAUUUCCAGACAGACAUUUUGAUGAGAAUUACUAAUCGUAAUCUUUCAAACCAAAAAUAAAUUCGUUUUAUUUUUUUGUCUAUAAAUCACAUGGUCAGAAAGAAACUCAAGGUAUUUUCUGAAACAUUUGGAAUUUUCUUGAGAAGGUUUUGGGUGUUUCGCGAGAAUCCGUACACGUUUUGAGCUUCUGCCAAAUUUAAUCGAACCACGAGUUCCUUACAAGUUUAAAGCUCAAAAAAUCUUUUUAAAAAUUUAACUCUGAUCCCUAAUUUCUUCAAUAAUACUUUCAGCCACCCCCCCCCUCUACUAAUCCAGAUCAUAUCAAAAUAAAACUACUAAUUAGUCUAAUCCCCCAUUGAUAUUUAUAUUUAUAUUCAAAAUUUAUUAUUUUGGUUUGGUCAGAAAAAUCUGCAUAAUCAGUUUUUCGAUCAUAUAGAACUCCUCCCCGAACGAUCAUUCAUUUUUUUUUUUGAAAAUAAAAACAAAUGAGAAAAUUGUGUUUGAUCAACGAGUUUAUCGAAUUCUAAUUAUUUUGUGUCUUGUUUUUUCUUCUUCCUUUUUCUUUUUUUAGCAUCUACUCUUUAUCGCUGAAUUAUUCAGUAUUUUUGUUAGCGUAAUAAGCGUAUCCUUGUUGUUUUUUUUUGGGUAUAGAUGAAUGACUGAAAUUAUUUCUCUCUCAUAGCUUUCGGUACCUCAAAAUUCUAUUUUUUCAUAUAUAUCUUCUAUAGAUAUAUUCAUAUUCUAAACUAAUUAGUAGCUUUCCGGUUUUUUCGACAAGAGCCACAACAAAAAUAAAAAAAUGUGAAAAAACUUCUUAUUCAUUCAUUCAUCGAAAACUAACUUGUCUGUGAGAAAAAAAAACGUUUUUUUUUCAGAAUGGAAAACAGUACAGAAUGUUUAUCACUGAAUUCGGAGCUUUGGAUUUUUCGAGAAGAUUUAUCGACAAGGUGGUAUACUACAGUAAUCUUUGCUGUUCUUUAUGCAUUUAUUAUUGCUGCCGGCAUCAUUGGAAAUACCUGUGUGAUUUUGGCGAUUACUAGAAAUAAGUGAGUGGCGGGGAAUCUUUGCUCAUAUUAGAGAACGGUUGGAAAAUUUGAAAUGUGUUCCGAUACCCCUGGGAAAAUCCUUUUGUUAAUUUUGUCCAUUCCCAUUUUUCUAAAUUAUUUGUGAAAGUAUUUCUGAAUUUCCCGAUUCCAAAAGAAACCUGAAAUUCAAUCUUCUGGUUUCUAAGAAUUCUGUAAACCGAAAAACAAAUGUGUUAUUCAGAAUCUAAUAAUAUUCAGAUUUGAUUAUCACAAUAGUAGAUCAUACAAAAUAUCAAUGAUCUUGUUACUAAAAAUAUGAAAGGUACUGGUUCGAGUCCCGGUUCUAAGAUCUGCAAUUCUUCGGAAUUUGGAGCCUUGUUGUCUCUCGGAAUAAAAGUUCAGGCAUCAGAAAUUAUUCAGAAUUUGAUCAGAAUUAAAUAUUUCAUAAAUACAGUAACCCGUUUUAUUAUUUCAUAAAUACAGUAACCGGUUUUAGGUCACUUCAAACAGUGCCCAAUCUAUUUAUCCUCUCAUUAUCCUGCUCGGAUAUUGUUGUAUGUUGCACAUCAGCCACCAUCACACCAAUCACGGCAUUUCGAAAAGAAUGGAUUUUUGGUGAACUUCUUUGUCGGAUAGCACCCUUCAUUGCGGUAGGAACCAUUUAAUCAUAAAAAAAAACAAAUUAAUUUUUUGUAGGGUAUUAGUUUAUGCUUCUCAACAUUCACAUUAACCGCAAUUUCUGUGGAUCGAUACAUUUUGAUACGAUUUCCGAUGCGAAAACCAAUCUCACAUUAUCAAGCGAUGGGUGUCAUUGGGGUUCGUUCGAAGUGAUCAAAAAUUGAAAAAUAAGCGGAUUUUUUUCCAGCUUAUUUGCAUAUUUGCGGCCGCCAUUUCAUCGCCGAUCAUUUUCAAACAAAAAUUGGGCGAAUUCGAGAAUUUUUGUGGACUUUAUUGCACAGGUUUGUGUCUGUUUUUUCCGGCACUGAGAAAAUAUUGCAACUAAUUAAAUGAAAGGUCGUGUGCACUCAAAAUGAUGAUGAUUUUUUAAAAUUGAAAAUAUAUAGAUGAAAAAUAUUGAAAUGUUAUUGGUUUUGACCUCGCGUGACUGAUGAUUUCAGCUGAAAUUUUGGGAAAAAACACGAAGGGAAUUCAAGAUUCAAGAAUCACCUUAAACUGUUAGAUUCGAAAUUUUUAUUAAUUUUUUCCAAAUCUAAAAAAAAUAUUUCAGAAGUCCUGAAGCUCACGUCAUUUCAAAAUUAUGUUUAGAAUAGCGUGACUGAGAAUAAGAAUUCAAAACCUAAUUAAUUUCAAUUUCAAUUUUAAAAAUGUUGCUUUUUGAAGGCUUCCUGGUUCUCAGAACCUUUUGUGCUUGGAAUUAAAUUUAAAAUUUAUGAAAAUGUUGUCAGAACUUCCUGGUUAAUCUUGCGUGACUGUAAAUUUGAAUUUAAAAAAAUUUGAGGGAUAUUUAGAAUCAAAAAUUUUUGCAGAAGACUGGGGUGACAACGAAAGUCAGCGUAAAAUCUACGGCGCAGUUCUAAUGUGUCUACAACUCGUCCUCCCUUUACUCAUCAUCAUUAUCUCCUACACGGCAAUUUCGCUGAAAAUUGGUCAAAGUAUGAUAUUGAAAGGUGCAAAGAAACAACAAAAAUCGGAGAGAAAUAAUUGGGAGACAAGUUUGAGUGAACAACAACGAACUGCUGUGAGAAGACGGCAAAGAACAAAUCGAAUGUUGAUUGGAAUGGUUGUCGCGUUUGCGUGUAGUUGGGCUUGGUCGGUCACUUUUAAUAUUUUGAGAGAUUAUGAUUAUCUUCCGAUGUUGAUUAAGAAUCAGGAAUAUAUUUUUGGUAUUGCGACACAUUGUAUUGCAAUGACAUCAACGGUAAGAAAUUUGUUUUUGAAUUUGAGUUUCAAAUCAAAUCUUAACCAGGUCUGGAAUCCUCUUCUCUACGCAGUUCUCAAUCUCCAACUCCGUGCCGCAUUCAUCGAUCUUAUGCCAACAUGCCUCAAAAACCAUCUAAACCUCGACGCCGACAAUCAUUCACCACUUCUCAAUCAUCCAACAAUGACAAUCACAAACAAGUACGGAUCAACAUCGCCACAGGUAACCAAAAAAACACCAAUUAAGCUGAGCACACCAGGAAAUGGCAUGACAAUUGUUGUCAAACAAAUUUUUUGCAGGCUUUUUUGCAAUUUUUUCGUGAUUGAUUGAUUUUUUGACUUUUUUUCGCUUCUGAUACAUUUACUUCUACAGGUUCUUCUAACUUCUUCCAGAAAAUUUUUUUGAUUGAUUUAUAUUUGAAAGGCCAAGGUUUUUGUGCAUGGUGUUUGGUGUUUUUUUCUACCUAUGGAUGGAUGCUUCAAAAAAUCGAGAGGAGAAAUCUUCACUUCAUUUCACUUCAUCACAAGUAUAUAGUACCUCUAUCCUUUUCCGGCACACUUUUGAUCAAAAACUUUCACACUUCUCUCUACCUUUAGAAUGACUGAUGAAUUGAAUUGAAUUGAAUUUUUUCUCACUCAUUUUUGCUAUAUCAAAAAAUAUCAAUUGUUCAGGUCAUGCAAGCAACUUUCAUUAAUGCCGACAAGAGCCAGCCUUACGUGUCAACAACUCUAGUUAACACAACUAAUAAUAUUAAUUCAUCGAAGAAAAUCUCACGACAAGAACGACCCAGCUUUAAAUUGUGAGUUUUCUAAAGAUUUCUCGUGAGAUUUUCUUAUGAGACAUGCAAAUAGCAAUUUUGAAUCAGGAAAUGAGAUAAUAUGUUUUUAUAGAUAUUUUUUUUUGAUCCGGAAUAAUUUUCAGAGAUAUUUAUGAUUAGGGGUUUUUGCUCUCAAACUUGUGAACUCACAAGUUUUAGGGAAGGGUUUCGUGGAUCUUAACAAGCUGAGCUCCAGUCUCAGCCUUGCAAAAAAGCUCCCAAAUAUGCUCGGAAAAUAUAAAUUUUCGUAAAAAUUCAUCUGAAAAUUUCGAUAAGAUUUUCUGCAAAUUUUUCGGAAAACGUUUUUUAUUUUCCAAUUUCUAAUUCCAAAUCUUGAAAAAAAUUUUAAAAAAAUUAUCAGUUAUAUGAAAAAAAGUUCAAUUCCAAUGAUCCUGUAGAAAAUCACACAAAAAAUAAUUUUUCAGCAACGGUUCUGCACGUAAAAAAUCAUCAGCUGUGAUGCGUAUACUGGUCCCCAAACAAAACGACGACGAAGAGCAUCUCAUUGCCAAAGAAUCACCAUCUCCACCAUCUGAAAUCGAAUUAGACAAUCUUGCGGCGGCUCCAAUUAUUCCGCGCCGUAAAAGUGCUCAACCAAGACGCGCUUCUUCGCAGGAGAAAAUUGUGCUUCCUCGAAAAACAUCGUUUUGA